UAACAUGGCCGUACCCUAGAUCCGUUUCUAUACUGUGGCCGUACCCUAGAUCCGUUACUAUAGUGUGGCCGUGGCCUAGAUCCGUUAUUAUAACAUGGCCGUACCCUAGAUCCGUUUACUAUACUGUGGCCGUACCCUAGAUCCGUUACUAUAGUAUGGCCGUGGCCUAGAUCCGUUAUUAUGCUGUGGCCGUGCCCUAGAUCCGUCCAUGAUUAAACCACAUGUUCCAAGAAUAUUUUUCUCCAAAAUUGCUAUUCAUUAAGAACUCGACAAUACAUGGACAAAACAUUAUUUUCAUUUUUUUUAAUGUCGCGAGUGUAUUGUCAUAUGAUACCACUACAUAUGUGGUUUUUCAUGCACCUUGGAACUACUGAUUGAUAAAACUAACAUCACAUAUUGUGUUGUCGAUGAAGCUGCAUGCGCUUACCGUUUCGGAACAAGAAGUCUUACUCUCCUUGUACUUUUUAAACGGUCUUCAUACAAGUCUAAGUUACUUGUCCGAACCCGUGGGUCAUAGCCAACAAUGGGCCAAAAAUAACAAAUAAUUUAAAUUGGUAUAACUUGUUUUGCUGUGAAAUAAAUGAAGUUUAUAUUUUACAUACAAGUCCAUAUCGUUCGUAUUUUAUUAUAAUCGUUAAUGAAUUUUGAGCAAUAAUUACAUUUUUGAAUGAAUGUCAAUAUUAUCUUUUUUAAACGAAUUCGCGUAUCGGAUUUCCACAGGUUGCGUAGCUUAAAAGCAACUGUUGUGACGAUUUGCUUUGGCUAAAUACCACAGGAAGCUAGUAAGAAAUCAAAGUGAAAAUUAAUCCGAAUUUUCGGUCCAAUCCAUUACAUUGACCGCUUUGUUAUUUGUCCAGUGGAGUCCCGGCUUAGAGUGUAUGGAUUAGGCUCAGUUGUGAAUAUCAUGUGAUCAAUGCUUAAAUAUAUAUUUCAUUGAUCAUCAUAAUGUAGCUUUAUAAUUGCAGAAAUUGUAUCGACUGGUAUUUAUCACUCUUGUGACAAUAUACAUGUACAUCACUAAAACAGGCUAGGGCGAAUUACAUACAUUAGAGUAUAUAGAAUAUCGACAAAGCACUAACGAGCAUCAUAUUAAUAUGUUCGUGAAAUUUCAAAACAUUUUUAUUCCGAUAAUGCUUUUAACACCAUGUCACUAUAAAAGGCAAAUAUAUUCUGAUUUUUCAUUGAUCAGAUAAACAAGAUAUAUAUUUAUACAUCAAGAAAUAUUAACCUUUCCCAUGAGUCGUUUACAAAGCACAAACAAAAUCCUAGUAUCCACUUAAGUAGCCAUAAUGGGUGUCCAGUUGACCUUGUGAAUGAGCUUGUUGGUAUAUCGUUUGAAGACUUCGACAUGUUCAUGCUAGCACACAUCCUCCUGUCAUUUCAAGUUUUUAGUGGAAUCAUCGAGGGAUACGAUUGUGACAUAGUUGGCGAUAGUUGUAUAAAAUUGUUAUCUGCUCAACUCCCAUGGGCAGCUGCUAGUGCGGAAUGUGCUUCCGAAGGCGCAACACUCCUCAACAUCGAUAGCAACAGUGAGCAACUGGCCAUUCAACAGUUCAUGGCAGACCAAGGGCUUGAUAAUAUCUGGAUGGGAAUCAAUGACGUCACUAGCGAGGGCGACUGGAGAACCGAGGAUGGAACAAAUCCAGUAGGUUACAACAAUUUUAACGGUGGCCAACCUGAUAACUACAACGGUAAUCAAGACUGCGCAGUUGUGAGACAGUCUUUUGGAUAUCGUUGGGAUGACGAGGAGUGUAUACUUCCGGUCUAUACCGUGUGUGAAAUGAAAAGUGUUGGUUUUUCGUAAGUUAAGCAACUUAAUUGUGCGAAAAGAAGUUUGUCAGCUUAUGAAGUAGAGUAAUGCAUCACCUUUAUACGACUUAAUCAAUGUCGCAUGAAAAAGUGAAACAUCUUUGAUUAGUAAACACAAGUUCUAACCGUUCAUAUUUCAGACAAAUAGUUCUACGGAUAUAAAAGGUAUGACGCGUUAUAUUUAAUCUUGUACAGUGUCAUAUAUGUGAAAUAAAAUGGUACGUUAAACAUCUUCGAUAUGUAUUAAUUUGUUCGGUCUCUCUUUUCUGACAACAUUUGCGUAUCCCUUUGUUAUGUAGACGUAUGAUUAGUACUCAGGCUUUAUUAUGUUAACAUGUAAAUUAUUAUUUUGUUUGGGUUGGUAUUCAGUGUAAAAUAUUACAGAAAUGUAUUAACAAAA